AUGGCCGGGGCUUCCGUUCCUCUAGGCCUCCUCCUCCUCCUCCUCCCUCCUCUUUUCCUCUUCCGGCGGUGCUUUUUCCCUCCCAGAUCUGGUCCAGCUCCGCGGGUGCCCUGAUGCCAGGCUUGAAGGAGCCCUCCUUCUCGAUCUACAAUGUCUUUCCAUUCUGGGAGAGGGUGCCCCCGGGGCCGAGGAGGUACUGCCCUAAGACCGUCGAUGCAACCCUUUCGCCCCCAGAACUUGAGGCAGCUCCAUCCUCAGCAAUCUCCAGUGCAGUAUCAAUACGACCAGCAAAAUGCGCCCCCUUCUACCUAUGUGAAUCCUCAGGCUGCAACCUUCGUACCGCCUAGGCCAGAUUUUGUCCCAUAUCCGCCUCCCAUCCCACCAUCGCCGCAGAGUACUGUCACCCAGUGUCCUCUGAGGCCACCUUUUGCAGGUCACCAAAUGAGGCAGACAUUCCCACUCCCGCCUUGCUUCCCCCCAGCUCCACCUCCUGUCCCAAAUCCUGGUAACCCUCCCUCCCUCGGUGGCACAGCAAAUGUGGCGGGGCAAAACGCAUUUCCUUAUAUGAUGCCGCCUCCAUCCUUACCGCAUCCUGUGCCACCACCAAUAAUGCCUCAACCGGUAAAUUAUCAGCCCAUGUACUCUCCCGCCUAUUCCCAGCAGACCUUCCCCCCUCCCAAUUUCAGCAGUUACCAACACAACACAAACACUUACCAGAGCAACAGCGGGAAUGCUAACAACAGUGGGAACAGCGGCAAUAAUUUCCGGCACCCAAGUCAGUAUCAGGUGGAAAAGCCUGAACGGAGGUCUCCGGAGAGGACAAAGCACUAUGAUGAACAUCGCCACCGGGACCAUAGCCAUGGCCAUGGGGAUCGGCACCGCUCAACCAGCCACAGUGACCGGCGGGAUCGAGGGAGGAGCCCGGACAGGCGACGGCAAGACAGCAGUCGGCACAGGUCGGAUUACGUGAGAGGACGGACCCCACCCCGCCAUAGGAGUUAUGAAUGGUACAGGGACCGACAAAGGGAAAGACAUCGUCACCGCGAUCUCCAACAGUCUCCAUCUACAGAGAGGUCCUAUAGAAAAGAUCACAAGAGGACGGGAAGUCGAUCUCCCAGCCAAGACCGAAAGAGACCUCGCUGGGAAGAUGAGAGAGAGCGGUGGUCAGAAAAUGCCACUAGGGAGAAGAAUUACACCUCCAUCAAGGACAAAGAGCCAGAAGAAGCUGCCAUUGAGAAGCAUGUAGAUGAGGAUGAAGACCUGCUGAAACCUGUGUGGGUUCGUUGCACCCACUCAGAAAGCUACUAUUCAAAUGAUCCCAUGGAUCAAGUGGGAGAUUCUACAGUCGUUGGAACAAGCCGACUCAGAGAUUUAUAUGAAAAAUUUGAGGAGGAAUUAGGAAAGCGUCAGGCUAAGGCCAAAGCUGCCAGGCCACCAUGGGAGCCACCUAAAACCAAGCUGGAUGAAGAUGUAGGGAGCUCCAGUGACUCUGACUGUGAAUCGGAUGAUGACAGCUGUUCUAGCAGUUCGGAUUCAGAGGUUUUUGAUGUCAUUGCUGAAAUUAAACGCAAGAAGGCUCACCCAGAUCGCCUGCAUGAGGAACUGUGGUACAAUGACCCUGGGCAGAUGAAUGAUGGACCUCUAUGCAAAUGUAGUGCUAAAGCUAGACGAACGGGAAUAAGACACGGGAUCUAUCCAGGGGAAGAGCCUAUUAAGCCCUGUCGGCCCAUGACCAACAACGCUGGAAGGUUGUUCCACUAUCGCAUUACAGUGUCACCUCCUACAAACUUCUUGACAGAUAGACCAACUGUAGUAGAGUAUGAUGACCAUGAGUAUAUCUUUGAAGGGUUUUCCAUGUUUGCGCAUGCUCCACUCACUAAUAUUCCUUUGUGUAAAGUAAUCAGAUUUAACAUCGAUUAUACAAUUCAUUUCAUUGAGGAGAUGAUGCCCGAAAAUUUUUGUGUGAGAGGGCUGGAGUUGUUCUCUUCUUACCUGUUCAAGGAUAUUCUAGAACUCUAUGACUGGAAUCUGAUAGGUCCUUCAUUAGAAAACAGUGAAACUUCCUGCCCGCGAUUUCAUUUCAUGCCACGUUUUGUAAGGUUUCUUCCAGAUGGAGGAAAAGAAGUGCUGUCUAUGCAUCAGAUUCUACUGUAUUUGCUACGAUGCAAUAAACCAUUGGUGCCAGAAGAAGAGAUUGCCAAUAUGCUACAGUGGGAGGAGCUCGAGUGGCAGAAGUAUGCAGAGGAAUGCAAAGGGAUGAUCGUGACCAGCCCUGGCAUGAAACCCAGCUCAGUUCGUAUUGAUCAGUUGGAUCGUGAGCAGUUCAACCCUGAUGUGAUUACUUUCCCCAUUAUUGUCCACUUCGGGAUACGACCUGCACAGCUCAGUUAUGCUGGAGACCCACAGUACCAAAAACUCUGGAAAAGUUAUGUGAAAUUACGUCACCUGCUGGCUAAUAGUCCCAAAGUGAAACAGGCAGAUAAGCAGAAACUGGUGCAAAGAGAGGAAGCAUUGCAGAAGAUCAGGCAGAAAAACACCAUGAGGCGUGAAGUGACUGUUGAACUGAGCAGCCAAGGGUUCUGGAAAACUGGCAUUCGCUCAGAUGUUUGUCAGCAUGCAAUGAUGCUUCCUGUCCUAACUCACCACAUUCGUUACCAUCAAUGCCUCAUGCAUUUGGAUAAACUGAUUGGCUAUAUAUUUAAAGACCGGUGUUUGUUGCAGCUUGCAAUGACUCAUCCAAGUCAUCACUUAAACUUUGGGAUGAAUCCAGACCAUGCCAGAAAUUCCUUAUCAAACUGUGGGAUCCGGCAACCCAAAUAUGGAGACAGAAAAGUCCAUCACAUGCAUAUGAGGAAAAAAGGCAUAAACACCUUGAUCAAUAUUAUGUCACGUCUUGGACAAGAUGAUCCAACCCCUUCAAGGAUUAACCACAAUGAACGUUUGGAAUUUUUGGGAGAUGCAGUGGUUGAAUUUUUAACUAGUGUCCAUUUGUACUACCUGUUUCCAAGCUUAGAGGAAGGAGGCUUGGCAACAUACCGCACAGCCAUCGUUCAGAAUCAACAUCUUGCUAUGCUGGCUAAGAAGUUGGAGUUGGAUCGAUUUAUGCUUUAUGCUCAUGGACCUGAUCUUUGCAGAGAAUCAGAUCUACGCCAUGCAAUGGCCAACUGCUUUGAAGCACUGAUCGGGGCAGUUUACUUAGAGGGAAGUCUUGAAGAAGCCAAGGAACUAUUUGGACGCCUGCUCUUUAAUGACAAGGACCUGCGGGAAGUAUGGCUUAAUUAUCCGCUACACCCUCUCCAACUCCAAGAAUCCAAUACUGACCGACAGCUAAUUGAGACCUCUCCAGUUCUCCAGAAAUUGACAGAAUUUGAGGAUGCCAUUGGAGUUAUUUUCACUCAUGUUCGACUUCUUGCACGGGCUUUCACUUUGAGAACAGUUGGAUUUAACCAUCUGACUCUGGGUCACAAUCAGAGAAUGGAAUUCUUGGGUGAUUCCAUUAUGCAGUUAGUGGCCACAGAAUACUUAUUCAUACACUUUCCAGAUCAUCAUGAAGGCCACUUGACGCUGUUGCGGAGCUCCCUAGUCAACAACAGGACUCAGGCCAAAGUGGCAGAAGAGCUGGGCAUGCAGGAGUUUGCCAUCACUAAUGACAAGACCAAACGACCUGUGGCCUUGCGAACAAAGACACUAGCUGAUCUUUUGGAAUCCUUUAUUGCUGCUCUGUACAUAGACAAAGAUCUGGAGUAUGUGCACACCUUUAUGAAUGUCUGCUUCUUUCCACGACUAAAAGAGUUCAUUUUGAACCAAGACUGGAAUGAUCCAAAGUCCCAGCUCCAGCAGUGCUGCUUAACCCUCCGAACAGAAGGAAAAGAGCCAGACAUCCCUCUCUAUAAGACUUUGCAAACAGUUGGACCUUCUCAUGCCAGGACAUACACUGUUGCUGUGUAUUUCAAGGGCGAAAGGAUAGGAUGUGGUAAAGGACCAAGCAUUCAGCAAGCGGAGAUGUGUGCAGCAAUGGAUGCGCUGGAAAAAUAUAACUUUCCUCAGAUGGCCCAUCAGAAACGGUUCAUUGAACGGAAGUACAGACAAGAGCUUAAAGAAAUGAGGUGGGAAAGAGAGCAUCAGGAAAGAGAGCUGGAGGAGACCGUAGACAUAAGGAAAUAAGUGGAAACAUUGGCAUAUUUGCUUACCUAAUAAUUCUGAUGGUGGCCCAAGGAGACCUAGUUUCAUGUCAAUGAAUGAAUGAUGUCUGCUCAUUGAAUCAUGUUUCAUCUUGAUUGGCAUCUUUUUUCAGAAUAAAUUUUGUUCCAUUUUCAGCUGUAAAGUUUUAUUCAUAUUUUUUUAAUAUUCCUGCCAAGGAGUUCAUAGCUUUGUUUUUCUAACUUGCAGUUGUUAAACAAUAAAGUGUUCUGUGUCA